UGCUACAAUUGGGCAGACAUGUCUAUCAGAAGAAAGAUAGUCUAUGCUGUUUCUUUGCUGUUAAUAUGUAUUGUUGAAGGUUCACCUGAAGACUUUCUUGAACAUGGAGUCGUAUAUGCUACUGUGGGCCAGAAUCUCACCCUAAACUGCUCUGUGGAUGACAAUGAACUAAAGGUUUCUCAAAUUCAAUGGGAAAAGACCAACAAUAGAAAAAAAGAGAUAUUAGUGGUGCAUAACCCACAAUUCGGGACUGAUGGUAAACUUAAAUCUAGCUUUGCACCUCUACAGAAUAAAACAUCUGGGCAACUAUAUGGUGCAACUCUAAGUUUAUACAUGCUGCACAUGUCAGACAGCGGUCAGUAUUGCUGUGAAAUUGUUACAUUUCCGAAGGGAUCAAUUAAGGACAUCACAAAUCUCUCCGUAGAUGUACAAGAAGAGGAGCUUUCAUUCACCACUGUUGAUGCACAACUUAACUACGAAAUACAAAUACAAUGCUUGAAAAACAUGACUGGGAUCAUGCAAUCUGGAAUGGUUCUCGAGUGGGUUGUGCAAGGCAAUGGAACUGAAGAAUUAAUCGUAACAUCCAACGGGACGAACAAGAUUGAUAGCAACCUUCCAACAUAUAAAGGUCGUUACCAACUGAACAGCCAUUAUUCACUGAUUGUCAAGUCAGCAAAAACUGUUGACCAUGAAAGAGUAUUCAUUUGUAAGAUCAAGUCACCUUAUAGACAUCUCAAGAGCAGUUCCAGAGUUAAAGUCUUUGGCCAAUCAACGAAACCUGAAAUAAUUUUCAAUUACCAAUAUAAUAACCUCCAUACUUUAAGGAUGACUGGUACUUGUCUUAUUAGGAAUGCAUUUCCCAAACCAAAGCUCACAUGGUACAUAAAUGGACACCUUCUACAGGAUAAGGAAAGAGGAGCUUCGAUACAAUCUGAAGUGUCCAGAGAUGUUGAAGGACAGUACCAAGUGAAGACUACUUUGCACUUACUCAUUAACCAGUCAAAGGGAAAUCAGUCCUUGUGGUGUCAAAGUGUGUUUAUUCAUCAGAACAAAACAUUGCAGAACCAGUCUGAAACAAUGAUUGUCCUUGCCUAUCCUGAUCUAUCCAUAGAAAUAACACAACCGACAACUUUUAUAAAAGAAGGGGACGAUGUACAAAUCCAAUGCAAGAGUAGCCUUCCAGCAGAUCAAUAUGUGUUUUGGUCAAGCAAAAAUACAUCUAAAAUCUACAGCAGUAAAGAUGGCAAUCUGAAUUUGAGACAAAUAACAAGACACCAAAGUGAUGCAUAUGUUUGCAAGCCUGAAUGGUCAAACUUUGAUUAUUUUAAAGAACGGAACAUCACAAUACCAGUUCUAGUUAACUACAUAGAUAUCAUUCAAUGUGAUCGUAGUAGUCCAGUUGAGGUUGAAGCCUACAGUCAUUUACAGAUUAAAUGCUUCUCACAUGCUUCAGAAUCUCCAGAGUACAUGUGGAUACAGAAUAAUUACACAGUUUCAAAUUCCAGUACUCUUGAUUUUGAAAAGAUGACAAAAGAGAAAACCGGAAUCUACAAAGUGAUUGCAACAAUUCCAGGAAUAUCUCUUCAGAGUCACGCUGAAAUUGUUGUAACUUUAAAAAAAGAUGGCAUGACCCCUUCAUAUUCAAACUCAACCACUUAUCCUGACGUGACCCAGGACACAACCAAUUCCACUGAGAGAAGUGAAGAAACAAGUCGGUAUACUAACACCACCUCUCAGACCCAAGAAACCAAUUGGUAUGAGAGCACAAGUUACAGUCCUGAUGUAACCAAUGAACAUGCCUACACAAACUCUUCUGAUGGAGAGCCAAGCUGGGAUAGCAGCACAAUCUCUUCUACUGAAGGACCUCUGUCAUAUACUGAAACAAGCUCUACUUCUCAGUACUCUGAGGAUUUUAAUACAACUGACCCAAUUAAGAACUCAACAGAUACAGGUGAUGUGAAAAAUGCAGAGAAUGGCAGAUUAAAAGGACUUGUCAUGCUGCCUAUAGUGGUGGUAUUUGUAAUAAUAAUCAUCUUUAUGAUCAGAAGAUUUAUUGAACAGAAGAGACUGAAUGGACCACCGCCUUUUAAACCCCCCCCUCCACCAGUGAAGUACAAACCCAUUGUGCCACAUGAUAUAAUAGAAAUAAACAGGAUUGGUUGAUGUGAUUAGAAGAACCUGUCCUUUUGUUACAGGAGCCUUUUUAACUAGAAAUUAUGUGAGCAGUAAUGACUGGACAGCUUUUAUAGUUUUUUUUUUUGUUG